UAAAAUUAUAAAAGGGCUUUAUAUGCAAUUAACAAGCUCUCUUUUCUUCCUCCUUCCAAACGGGCAAAACCUUAGCUGAAAAACCCUACAUACUUCAAACCUUCAAUUAUCCUUAACGUGCUUCCAAACAAUGGUCAACAAGUCUAAAGCUCAAUCCAAGAAGAAGCAAAAGCGUGGUGUUGAUUUCAAAAAAAUAAAAAGGAAAAUUGGAAGAAAAUUGCCUCCGGCCCAGAAUGCUACCAACACUGAAAUCAAAUCCAAAGCAAUUAUUCUACCUGAGCAAAGUGUAGCUUCAGAGAAGGCUGGUUUAGCUGUGAGCAAGAAAGGUUUAACGUUGAAAGAGCUUCUUCAGCAAACAAGUCAUCACAAUGCCAAAGUUCGUAAAGAUGCUUUAAUCGGAAUUAGAGAUGUUCUUCUUAAAUUCCCUGCUGAAUUGAAACUGCAUAAGCUAGCUGUUAUUGAGAAAUUACGUGAACGUAUCAGUGACGAUGAUAAGUUGGUCCGUGAAACACUCUAUCAGCUUCUCAAGUCAGUUAUUUUUCCUGGCUGUAAAGAGGAUAAUAAGGGACCAAUUAAUUCCUUGAUGAUGACAUAUAUAUUUAAUGCGAUGACAAACAUGGCUAUUGAAGUGCGGUUGAUGGCUUUCAAAUUUUUUGACCUCUUGAUCCAGUAUUUUCCGUCUUCCUUUUUAUUGUACGCUGAAAAGAUUCUCCAGAACUAUGAGGACAUUCUGCAGAAGAACAGAUUUUACUUGCAAGACAAGGGCAGGCUAAAGAAUGCUCUUGCUGGGUUGGUUCGCUGCUUGUCACUGUUACCGUGUAGUAAUCAGAAAGAAGGCGACUCCUUAAGUGACAAUGAUGCAGCUCGGGCUAGCUUGCAUGCUUUUGACCUUGAUGUCUCCAAUAAAUCUACUGGUCUUUCUGGUGUUGUCAACAAGUUGACAGAUCUCUUACCCAUUCUAGUUAGCUGCUUCCAGGACUUUAGUCCACUGAUCCACUCCACAGCCCAGAUAGAUGCACAAUCCUUCGAUUGUAUGUUGUCUUUACUUCAAAGCAUUGAUCUUGUGGUGAGGUUCUUUGUUCAUGCGUCUGGCAAAUGUCAACAAGACUCCCAAAAUCUGCCACCUCACCAGAAAAACAACCUUAGCAUAUGUGACCAAAGUAUAUCAGUAGUGAAUUUAAAGAAGUUAUGGGAUGAGUUCCCCUUGAGUCCAGUUCAUUGCUUGUCAGAGAAGGACGGUGACCGAUAUUUCACACUGAAUAUUGCGAUUACAGAAAUAUUUUUGCAACUAAGUUAUGGGUCCAAAUUAUCUCCUGCAUUGUUGGAAAGAUUUCUGGAGUUCAUCGAGAGUUCUCUAUCUGAAAAGAUUUGCAAUGGCAGAGAGGCCGGUAAAGUUCAUCAUGAGAAGCAUUUAGUUCCACUGGUUGCUUUUACCCCAAAACUUAUUAUGCAAGUGUCUGGUACUUGGAAGUCUUUGAUCAAUGAUGGUGCUUGGAAGUCUCGUAUCCUUCAGGCUUUCAUGACAGUUUUGCAGAAAUGCAGUCCAGAGUCCUCAAUGAAAUUGGCUUGCCUUUCUGCUGUUGAGGAAAUGCUACUUCCUGAGCAGGAUUGGCUUUAUCUGGAUUCUAAGGAUCUUGAAAUAUUUAAUCAUCAAAUUGCAUGGAUAAGGGAGCUUCCAAAGCUGUUAGUCCUCUUAGGUGAUAAACACCCAUUACAUGCAAAGGCUGUGUUGCGUCUUCAACUUCGUCUUGGACAAGCUGCUAGUUUGAAUGGUCCACUGGCAAAAGAAUAUGACAAUAUGCAGCACAUAAUACGAGAUUUUUACUGCACCUGCCUCGAUGGAACUGUAAGCUAUGGUCCGUUCAUGAGGCUUCCUAGAGAUAUUCAGGAGCUCUCAAUAUGCUGCCUAUAUUACUUUUCUUUCUUGGACACUGUGCUACUUCAACCUUUAGUCUCAUGUUGCAUAUGCCACGAGUUGGAACCAUUUAUCCUUUUCCGAAUAAUAGAAGUUCUGCAGUCAUCCUACAAAGCUGGCCAUAUCCAGAUUGCAGAUUAUAUUAGCUUCUUCAUCACUUUGCUUUNUGCUCCUUACUAUGGAUGGAAGCACAAAGUUCUUAAAGGAAUCAAGUUUUUCCGGAAAUGA